AGAAGGUCCAGCCACAGGGCCAGCAGCACAAUAGACAUGUUACUCCAAACUAUUAUCUUGCUGUGGAUCUCCUAUGGACGCCUGUCUUUAACCGAAAAGUGUGAGACCUGCCCGUACGGCAACCUGACAGCAUCAUGCGAGUUUGUUUGGCAAAAUGUCUGCCUGGAGUUUGUGGAGGAGUCAAAAACCUGGAACCAAGCAAGGAGCAGCUGCGAGGAGAGAGGAGGGAAGCUGCUGAAUGUGCUGAAUAACUCAAUCCAAAUGUUCCUGAGCAACAUUACCAGAGAGAAAAACACCAGGAACUUCACCUGGUGGGUGGAAAAAGGGGUCCAAGCACAUCACAGGGAUCCAUCCCCAAGUCUGAAGAGGUUAAAAACAGAAAAAGUGGAAGCUUUAAAGGAACUCUGCACAUACAUGAAGCUGAAUCCUCCCCGGCUCCUAACGUCCGACUGCAGCAAGAGACGAGGAUUUCUCUGCACACAUACUUCGAGGUCUCCAACAAAUUUAAAGAAUGCAAAAGCCUCCAGUGAUGCCGCUAGGCCUCGGACCAAAAGGGAUUUAAGUGAUUUGGAUCAAAUGAAUACAAAUGUCAACAACAUGAUUGAGCUAGUAACGAAUGCAGAAAGAUUUCUGUCAUACAUGGAAAUAACCGUAGAAGAACCUACUGAUGAUCACAGGGACAAAUUUAUUGAAUAUUUGUUGGCUGGCACCGAAAAAGUGACUCGUAGUGUUGCCCAAGCUAAUCCUGCUAUCAUCGACUCCAUCAUCAACUGUACCAAUGCCAUCUUUUAUCUGGCUACUCAAAAAUGUGAUUUUGAUCACAGCCAAACUAAACAAUUUUUUGAAAAUGUAGUGAAGCUCAUUCAAAAAGCUUCUCUGUUGCUCGUGGGGACGACACCAACAGUCUCCAGGACCCAAUUAGGCAGUGUCAUAACAAGAGCGUACACCCCUGAGGAGCUCAGCAAUGCAGUGGUGGGUUCACAGGAAGACGGAGGGAUGGUCAAGCUCCCUUCAUUCUCAGCAUUGCAAUCGAGCAUAGGAAAGUACAAAGACGUCAUUGCCCAGAUGGCGACAUUCUCAGUCAACCCCUACCCGUCUGAAAACAUAUCAGGAACUGUUUGCAACUUUAUGCUCAGUGAUGGAAACUCUGAGAUUAAGCUGCAAAAUCUCUCAGAGGUGGUUGAGAUCUUUUUGUACCGCCCCAAUAAUUCAGCUCUGACCAACACCACUGUCGUGUUGACUAAGAACACAAAGUCCGUAUCUCAGAUCAAUGUGUCUGACACUGAGAUGACCAUAUUAUUCAACGUCGAACCAAGCAUCAACGUAUCACUGGCUGUUUUCUUGUCUUACAAUUCGCCUCCCAACUCUACAUAUUUCCACAACUCAACCAUUUUGAGCCACUCAGAGGACUAUCGCUGGUUGAUUACCCCUGAGAUGCUGCAGAACACAUCAGGGACUUGGUAUGUGGAAGCCAGACUUGUGAAUUUCACACUGGAAACAGAAGUAACACUGAACAUCAACACAUACCUUACCAGGUGCCUUUACUGGCACACUAACAAAGAGGAAUGGAGCGAUGACGGCUGCAGGGUGGGAGAGAAAAGCACUCCGGAGCUGACACACUGUCUGUGUAACCACCUGACUCUCUUUGGAAGCUCCUUCUUUGUGAUGCCAAACUAUGUUGACGUGUCUCGAACAGCAGAGCUGUUUGCCACAGUGAAUGAGAAUUUUGUGGUUUUGGCCCUGCUGUGUGCUUUCUAUGGUCUUUACCUGAUCACACUGCUGUGGGCCUGCUAUGCUGACCGCAGAGCGAGCUCUAAGAGGAAGAUAACUCUGUUGGAGGACAAUCACCCAGGAACUCACUACAACUAUCUGAUCGGGAUCCAGACGGGACAUCGCAGAGGCGCCGGCACUUCUGCUAACGUCACAGUGAAGCUGAUUGGCACAGAAGCAGACAGUACCAUACACACCCUGACCGAUCCAGAAAAGCCGGUGUUUGAGAGAGGAUCUUUUGACAUGUUCCUUUUGUCCACACCCUACCCACUGGGAGAACUGAAAAACCUUCGCCUGCAGCACGACAACUCAGGAGGUCAUCCAUCAUGGUAUGUGAGCAAAGUGACCGUACAAGACCUUCAAAGUAAAAAUGUUUGGCAUUUCUUCUGUAACUGCUGGCUGAGCUCUGACCAAGGAGACGGAAUGACCAAGAAAACCUUCAAUUCUGCAAAAACCAACGAGAUCGCAAGUUUCAGGAAUAUUUUCCAGAGCCGAACAUCGACUGGUUUUAGGGACGAACACAUCUGGGUGUCCAUCGUGGAUCCCCCGUCCCGCAGUCCUUUCACUCGGGCUCAGAGGGUUUCCUGCUGCAUGAGCCUGCUCCUGUGCACCAUGGCCAUCAACAUCGCCUUCUGGAACAUUCCUGUGGAUCCAAAUUCUGCUGUGGUCGUUUCAAUAGGAUCCCUCCAGAUGACUUGGCAGGAUGUCAUGGUGGGUGUGCAGAGCGGCCUUCUUAUGUUCCCCAUCAAUAUCCUCAUCAUAACUAUUUUCCGAAGCAUCCGACCUCGCAUUGUUUCAAACUCCAAAAAAGACGGCCCUGAUGAGAUCUUCAAGCCUCAAGCAGUCACCAUACCUACUGUCCUGAAUGAAACUGAGAAGAUGAUUUCUCUGGUGAGCAUGAAUCCAAGGAACAAGAUGCAGGAGGUUCUCAAACUGGAGGCAUCUUAUGAUCUGGUCCCAGCUUUGGACCGGCUUCAUGUCUUUAUCCAGCACAUGCAAGGUGAGAGUGAGAGCGACAACCACUGGGUCUACUGCAGCAAGUUCCUCCUGGCCAGUCUGUGCCACCUCCUCAUGAACCUGGAGAAACUGGAUGCGAAAAACUUCUCCUGUCCAGAGGAGUACCAGCGCGUUCUCAACAACACCAACCUGCUGGUUCGCAAGGCUGAGAUGGUCUUCAGCAGUCACCUAUCCAACUGUCCGGUCCCUGUGAGGAAGAAGAAGAAGACCCCGACAGGUGUGAAGCUGCCCUGGUGGUGUGUGUUCAUUGGCUGGUUCCUGUUGGUCUCCAUCAGUGGGAUAUCAACUUACUUCACCCUGCUGUACGGCUUCCAGUACGGCAAAGAGAAAUCCAUUAAGUGGGUCAUGUCUUUGGGUCUAUCCCUUUUUGAGAGCAUCUUCAUACUGCAGCCUCUAAAGGUGAUAGGUGUUGCUGUGUUCUUCGCCUUGCUGCUGAAACCUGUGGCCGUGGAGGAGACUGAAGAAGCAGCACAGGCGCUGUUAGAGCAACAGGACAGAUGCAGACGCUACACCGGCAGAGAUGCCCUGUGAGGAUACAACACAUAACCAGACAGGCUUUGCUCUGCAUGAAUACCAUCAUCACGCCUGCUUGUCUUCAACACAUACAACUCUAUAAAUAUCUAAUAACACUUUCUGAUGUUUUCCUAUGUACAGAGCCUUUCUUUAGUGGAGAGUCAUAGUAAAUGGAUGAUGUAAUGACUGAUUAAAUAUGUAAACAUGUUGAUAGCUACGUAUGUUUGUUAAUGUAAACCACUGAUGUCUAAAGCUGGUCUCAGCUCAAUUGGUCAUUUGCAGAUGUGAAAUAGUUUCAAUACUAUAAAACAAUUAGCAAGUAAUAAAAAUAGUUGUUUGCUCAAAGAAUCAUAAUACAAAGUUUCACAUUAGUUUACUUAAUUACAUGCCUUCGAGUUGAACUGUUGAAUUGUUUUAAAUUAUGUUGAAAAAACAUUCAAAUUAAACAGUUUUUUUUGUUUGAGUAUGGAAAUGAUAGGGCUUUAUAAGAUGAAACAGUAGGACAAAAAUAACGUUAGUAUGUAACAUUAAAAAAAAUGCAAAAUUAGAUCUCAGAUCUCUUGUUCCUGUCAGCAUGCAUCACAGAGAGUGACUUUAAAUGAAGGUACAUUGUGGACAAGUGGGAGGGUCUGCUUAUGUAAUUGCGCGUAAGGGAACUGAUGGAUUAUUGAUCACAUUUUUCAUUGCACUUCUGUCCACGUAAGACAUGCUGAAAGGGGGAUGUUGCAUUUUUUUUUAUCAUCUGUGGGUUCUAGGAUUCAGUGUUGAAUGCUUUAUGUGAGCGACUAACUAAAUUUGAGUCUUUGCUUUUGGUUUUCUAAAUGUGUGUUUAUGCUAUAGACGUUUUCAUUUUCGUGGUAGAUAUUUUGGGAUUUUACAGCAGUCACAAAGUUCUUGUUCUUCCUUUUUAUUUAUUGAUAUUAGAUGUGUGAAUUUAAAUAAAGCUAUUUCUUCCAAAUGUUUUGAGGAUCAUUCAUCUUUUAUGCUGAAUCUGUACAGACAGAUUGUAUCUCAAAUGCAAAAAAACAACA